UGGCAACCAUAAACAAAAAAUGUAAACAAAUAAAAAGGCGCGAAAAACAAGCAAUCAAAACAGCCAUAUAAAAAUAUAUGCACCACCAUAUAAUAAAGUGCAUUUUGAAACAAAGUUAUGGAUUUUAUUCAAGAGGAACCACCCAAGAAAAUUAUCAAGACUGAACCAAAUGAAGUUGAGAUAAAACCAAAAAUUGAAAAAAUCAAAGAAGAGAAUGAACAGAAAGAAGUUGAUGUUAAAGAAGAAAUAUCUCUAACCAAGGACAUAAAGCCUGAAUGUGAUGAAUCUGCGCCAGCCUUCGAUGUGAUUGUGGAUAAAAUUGAUUCACUGAAAACUUUGGGACCAUUUAUUGCGGCACGAGAUAAUUCCCAAAACAUUGUUUAUUUCCAGGACCUGCCCGAUAUUUGCAAGACUGAACCAUGUAUGCUGGGUGUAGACGAAGCUGGACGUGGUCCGGUUCUCGGUCCAAUGGUUUAUGGCAUAGCAUUCUGCCCAUUAAAUAGAAAGCAAGUAUUAAUCGAUUUAGGGUGUGCCGACUCCAAACAAUUAACGGAAGAAAAGCGUGAGUUUAUAUUUAAUGAAAUGAAUACUUCGAAAACACCACGGAAUUGUGUUGGCUGGUCUGUAGAAUUGAUUUCACCUAAUGUUAUUAGCACUAGCAUGCUACGACGCUCAAAAUGUUCACUCAAUGAAGUAUCUAUGACAUCAGCGAUUGAACUUAUUAAACGCGCUAUUGAGGAAGGAGUUAAUAUUGCUGAGGUAUAUGUGGAUACUGUUGGACCCCCAGAAAAAUAUCAAGAAAAGUUGAAAGGAAUAUUUCCACAAUUUAAAAUUACUGUCGCUAAAAAGGCAGAUUCUACUUAUCCAAUUGUCUCAGCCGCUAGUAUUUGCGCUAAAGUCACUCGCGACACCGCUUUAAAGGUAUGGAAGUUUCCCGAAGGAAUCAAGUUGAGUUCUGCCAAAUUUGGUAGUGGCUAUCCAGGUGAUCCAGUCACUAAACGUUUUCUCAGUGAGAAUUUGGACAUGGUGUUCGGUUUCCCAAGGCUUGUACGUUUCAGUUGGUCAACGGCGGAGAACGCUCUAGCGAAUAAAGUAUUUGAAAUGGAAUUCGAUGAACCAGAUGAUCAAAAACCGAAAUAUGCUGGGCCUAAGUUAACUCAGUUUUUCAAAGGGGCGACAAAAAACGGCGACGUGCAACGUAAACCCUGUCGAUUUUUUAGGGAACGUUUUCUAGAUAGCAUUACCGAUUUCUAAUAAGACUAAGACUAAAGUACUAUGUAAAAAUUAUGUAAUCUGUAAUAAAUUUUUAAUUGUAAUAGAAAUCCACUAUAUAAAAAUUGUUAUAUUGAUGGCAUACCUGCAGUACUGCCCAUAUAUGGGCAUAGCGACGAAUAAAAUCGUUAUAAAUUCAUCA